AUGAAUCUAUUCUAUAUCACAGUUCUGUAUAUUUUCUUCGGUGCCACAUCGGCCCGUAGACUGAGAAUCACUGGUGACAUCGAGGCUGACAUCGAACGAAUACCCUAUCAGGCUCAGAUUCUACAACUUGACGUGAACGUUUGUGGUGCUACGAUUGUAUCCAAAUACUGGCUCGUUUCGGCUGCUCACUGUUUCGCUUAUGAUUUUGGCCUGAAAGUUCUGACCGGCACGUCGUACCGAUCCAAAGGAGGCGUAAAGCACGACAUCGAGCACGUCAUCAUUCAUCCCAAUUACAACAAUGUCACUCGCAUCAAUGAUAUAAGUUUAAUCAAGUUGAAACAGCCGCUGCAGUUUAACGAAUCCCAAAAGCCCAUUUCCAUGGCGUGCGCGAGACCAAAAACGCGAGACGUCGUCGAGAUAUCCGGAUUCGGAAAACAAGGGGACAAUAGAAGCGUCUCGCCGCACUUAAAAAUAGCCAAAGUUCUGGUGGUCGACGACGACAAAUGCGCCAAAGCCUACGACGCGGGUUACGACGAGAAAGGCAUGUUCUGCGCCGGUCGAGGAAUGGCCGACGCUUGCCAAGGCGACUCAGGCGGGCCCGCAGUGAUCAACGGACAAUUGGCGGGCAUCAUAUCCGGCGGCAUCGGCUGUGCAUCGGUGCUGCAUCCGGGUGUUUACAUCGAUAUUUCUGAAUAUCACGGCUGGAUAGUGCAACACGUAUUUGAUAUUUAAAAAAGUGAGAUAUCGAAUGAAAUUGUCAAUUUAUGUAAAAAAACUUCAGUAUUUUUUAUAAGAAUUUAGAAAAAUUUUUUAGUGCAACUGUUGCACUCAACGUUUUCUUGAUAAUUAUAAUUAAAAUAAGGAACCGUCAGAAAUAAUUGUUAAAAAUAGACUCACUGAGUGAAUUAUAUUUUUUACUACAUCUAAUGCUCUGUAAUACAUUGUUAUUAAUUUAAUACGGUGAAAGCAAGCGUAUUUAUCAUCAUUACUAUCAUUACUAUUGUUAUUAGAUACUACCUACGAAUUGGUCAGUGGUCUCUUUGUUGUUGUAUCAACCGCUUUGGCCAACAGUAAUCAUAACUCAUCAAUUAAAUUCUAUUAUUUUAAUGACGCCGUGUCGCAUAAUCAAAUAUGUCAAAGGAAGUCAAUUUAAACUUUUUUAUAACAUGAAAGUGUUUCAUAAUCUAAACAUCAUAAAUAAUUUUAUUUCACUCAAAUCUAAUGUAACAUUUUGUUCCUACGUACCGAAUAAAAUUUAAAUAUUACUUUUGGACCUGUAUAGAGAAAAACAA